AUGGACGCAGGUUCCGACAUGAUGUCGCCGGAGAAGAGCGGCAGGCGGGGCGCGCGGCCGCCGCUCCGGGAGGCCGGCUCGAUCUCGACGCCCUCCAUGCCGCCGCUCCAGGAGCCCGGCUCCAGGCCCAGGCCCUACAUGCCGUCCCUCUGCUCCACGCCCCGCAACCCUGCCGUCAAGUGCUAUGGCGACAGGUUCAUCCCCGACAGGUCGGCGAUGGACAUGGACAUGGCGCACUACCUGCUGACGGAGCCGAGGAAGGACAGGAAGAACGCGGUGACGCCGUCGCCGGGCAAGGAGGCGUACCGGAAGCUGCUGGCGGAGAAGCUGCUCAACAACCGGACCAGGAUCCUCGCCUUCCGCAACAGGCCGCCGGAGCCUGAGAACAGCAUCCUCACGGAGCUCCGUGCUGAUGUGGCCUCCGUCCAGGCCAGAACGGCGAAGAAGCGUCGAUACAUCCCUCAGUCCGCAGAGAGGACUCUGGAUGCGCCAGACCUCCUUGACGAUUACUACCUCAACCUGCUGGACUGGGGAAGCGCCAAUGUGCUGUCCAUUGCACUGGGCAACACGGUGUACCUCUGGGACGCCGCAAGUGGGUCUACAUCCGAGCUUGUUACCAUUGAUGAGGACGAUGGCCCUGUCACUAGUGUUAGUUGGGCUCCUGAUGGCCAGCACAUUGCUAUUGGCCUCAACUCCUCUGCUGUCCAGAUUUGGGAUUCCAGCUCGAACCGACUGCUGAGGACACUGCAAGGUGUGCAUGAGUCGAGAGUCGGAUCACUGUCAUGGAACAAGAGCAUCCUGACCGCUGGUGGUAUGGACGGCAAGAUUGUGAACAAUGAUGUGAGGAUUAGGGAGCAUGCUGUGCAGACAUACCGCGGGCACACGCAGGAGGUGUGUGGACUCAAGUGGUCCGGAUCAGGGCGGCAGCUAGCCAGCGGUGGUAACGACAACCUCCUCCACAUAUGGGAUGUGUCCAUGGCAUCCUCUGCACAAUCCGCAGGCCGCACCCAAUGGCUACACAGGAUGGAAGACCACUCGGCUGCUGUGAAGGCGCUCGCAUGGUGCCCAUUCCAGAGCAACCUGCUGGCGUCGGGUGGUGGCGCAAAUGACCGGUGCAUCAAGUUCUGGAACACACACACGGGCGCAUGCCUCAACUCAGUCGACACUGGGUCACAAGUCUGUGCGCUGCUAUGGAACAAGAAUGACAGAGAGCUGCUGAGCUCGCAUGGGUUCACUCAGAACCAGCUCACACUGUGGAAGUACCCGUCGAUGGUCAAGAUGGCCGAGCUCAAUGGCCAUACUUCCCGUGUCCUCUUCAUGGCUCAGAGCCCUGAUGGUUGCACGGUGGCAUCCGCUGCAGCAGACGAGACCCUGCGCUUUUGGAAUGUGUUUCCUGAUGCUCCGAAGUCUGCAGUGAAAGAGAAGACUUCACAGAGCAGAUUGUUCAACAGUUACAAUCACCUACGCUAG